AUGGAUAAUGAGCAACAGUCAGUAAGUAGUGAUACCGAGUUGGAAAGUGGGACACAAAGUAAUGUUAGUGACGUAGUUCAGGAAGUACAAUGUGAGAAUCUGGGGGCAGAAGGACAAGAAAUGUUGCCAUUGCCACCCAGUGAUUCAGUUGAUAGCGGAAAUACUGUGCCAUCCGCAAGCACUGGACACGGACCAGAGAGUGGUGAGGUGUCAGAAGUGCAAUCAUUAAGAGUUAUGUUCGAGCGCAUGCUCAAUUUCCAAGCUGAAUUUGUACGUGUGCAAGCAGAGCGUGAUAGAGAACGUGAUGCUAAACAAGCAGAACGCGAUAGAGAACGUGAUGCUAAACAAGCAGAACGCGAUAGAGAACGUGAUGCUGAACAAGCAGAGCGUGACCAGAGAUUGGUAGCUGAAUUUGCCAAACAAGCAGAGCGCGAUAGAGAACGUGAUGCUAAACAAGCAGAGCGUGACCGACGCCUGCAUGAGAGGGACUUGCAGUUGAUGCAAACUUUAGAAGUUAUGCAAAGUGAGAUUGUUAGUUUGAAACAAAAAUAUGAAACCAUACCCAAAACGGUGCAAGAAUUAAGCGAAAGAGUAGAUAGUGUUCAAGUGGCUAACGCCAAUAUAGUAGAGGAAAUCAGUGUCCUGACUAAUAGGGUCGAACAACUAGAAAUUGACACAACUCAAGUAAUUGAGAACAAAGUGAUCGAACAAGUGCACAAAGUAGAAAAUGAAGUCAUAAAAGAAAUAGAUCAGAAAGUGCACGCCGCAAUUGAGGCCAGAGAUGUGGGCUCCAGUGCGGAUGUGCAAGAUCUAAAAAGGAUAGUGCACAAAGACAUUCCGCUGUGGCAGCGGAGUGUGGACCGUCGUCUUGCCGAGAUGGAGCUUAGCUUGCGGCAUGACAAGGCACGGGCCAAUAACCGCCACCCCUACCUGGCACACCAGGCACGUGCUCGAGAACCUGACGACUGUGCGCGCCAGCCUGGAGCCGAUGGUGACCAAUACGGCAGGAGAGAACGCCGGCGGUGA